CAGAGGAAGCUCAUCUGUCCUUUCUCUUCCAGGCUUACCUGGAGUCCUUCUACAAGUUCUGCAAAGUGCUAGGAGGUACCACAGCAGAUGCCAUGUGCCCCAUCCUGGAGUUCGAAGCUGACCGGAGGGCCUUCAUUAUCACCAUUAACUCGUUUGGUACUGAGCUGUCCAAGGAGGACCGAGCAAAGCUGUUCCCGCACUGUGGCAAGCUCUAUCCCGAGGGCCUGGCUCAGCUGGCCAGAGCAGAUGACUACGAACAAGUCAAAAAUGUUGCUGACUACUACCCUGAGUACAAGCUGCUAUUUGAAGGGGCUGGCAGCAACCCUGGAGACAAGACCCUUGAAGACAGGUUCUUUGAGCAUGAGGUGAAGCUGAACAAGCUGGCUUUCCUCAACCAGUUCCACUUUGGAGUCUUCUACGCCUUUGUGAAGCUGAAGGAGCAGGAGUGCCGCAACAUCGUCUGGAUCGCAGAGUGCAUCGCCCAGCGGCACAGGACCAAGAUUGACAACUACAUUCCCAUCUUCUAACCCUGCUCUGCUCCUGUCCAACCCUCCCACCCCUGGAGUCUGGAGGGACCCCUGCCUAACUCCCCGAGUUAUCCCUUGCCCAGACUCCAGGGCUGUCCUGUCUGUGGAACUGGCUCAGAUCAGGAACCUGUACAGUUGCUAGUUAAAUUAUUCACAAGCUGAAGUUUAAGUUGUGUGUGCCCUGAGGGGUCUGGAGGGACCAGUGGCGCAGGCUGGGCCCUGUGCAGCAGGAGGGACACCUCCUGUUGUGUAUCUACUAGUCCCC